AUGCCGGGUCCCACAAACACGCUCCUCAUUGAGGGGUCGUUCUUCGAGCUCGCCGGCGAACUUGCCCAAUUUCUCGAUGGCGUCUUGAAGCCCGAAGAAGGCAGUGGGGUACAAGUCGAGGUCAAGUCUGUCCUUGAACAGAUCCAGCAAAUCGAGCAAGCAGAGGAUCCUCAGUCAGUCGACCAGGCCAAGCUGGAAGAGUUGAAGAAUGAUGCUCUGAAGAAGAUCGUCACAAGGGCCUCUGCGCUCAAUAAUGCUCCAGAGAAAGAAUUCACUGCCGCCUACAACCUCCUCAUAAGCCUAUGCGCGCAGUCAUCAAUGCGGGAUCAGCUCCUCGCGAGAAUGUGCCAGUACCUCGAACAGCCCAUCACAUCCUCAACGAGCCACGCCGGUGCACUUGCAAUUGCGACUCUCACCACUAUCUUCAACGUUCUCCCGCCCGACAGCGAGUCGCGCUACCACGUGUUCCUAGCCAUUGUCAAAGUCAUCCGUGCAAGAUCUUCACAACAAGCUUUUGACGCUCUCGUUCCCCAGCUCGAAUCCAACAUCAACGAUUGGACAUCUGCAUGGCAACUCGAUGACGAAGACGUCCGAAAUCUGUACACAGCGGUUGCUGACGUCGCAUCAGCAUCUGGCGACUCAGAUCUCUCUUACAAGUACAACCUCCGCGCUCUGGAAACUGUGCCACCUUCCUCCGCUUCCGAGACCGAAGCCCACGACCUGGCGAAGAAAGUUCUCACCCAAGCCCUCGCGAACCCUUCCGUUACCGACUUUACCCCCCUCACUGCCUCCGACGCCAUCCAGGCAUUGCGAAAGACCGAUUCUGCGCUUUUCGAUUUGCUCGAAGUCUUUUCCUCCGAUGACUAUUCGGCUUUCGUCGACUUCCUCGAGACCAAUGAGCUCUCUUCGCUGGGCUUUCCCGAGUCGGCAGGUGGGAUCCUCAGCAAGAAGAUCCGCCUUCUCACACUCGCCUCUAUCGCCGCAUCAACACCCACACGGUCCGUUCCAUACUCGACAAUAUCUUCUGCCCUGCAAAUACCUGCGGAAGAUGUUGAGAUGUGGGUCAUCGAUACCAUUAGAGCCGGUUUGGUAGAAGGCAAGCUUUCUCAGCUCCGUCAGGAGUUCUCAGUGCAGCGUGCGACUUACAGAGUGUUCGGUGAGAAGCAGUGGGCGGAGAUCCAGGGACGCCUCAUGGUGUGGCGAAGAAGUUUGGAGAGCGUGCUGCAGGUGGUGAGGAGUGAGCGGGAGCGUUUCCUCAGGGAAGGGCCGGGCAACUACGAGGAGCAAGGCGGUCAGCGAAACGGGUGGCAGAAUGAAGGUGGACAGAGACGGCAGGGUGGUCGGCGGAAUCAGCGCGACGGCCAGCAGAGAGACCAGCAGCCCAGAGAAGUUGACGUGGGCGGUGAAUAG